AAUAAUUUGUGUAAUUUACUUAACCAUCAGUACUAUUACGUUGCCCGUAUUAUAAUUUUCGCUAGUCAUAAUCGGUUAAAUCCUUACAAGUUUCAAUCACUCAUGAGAGACAGCAUGUCAGAAAAUUUCAAGGCAAAUAACAACAAUUCCUAUCGUAAAAGGGAGAAAAGGGCUUUGGCUUGGAUUGAAGCCGUUAACGGUAAAAAAAACUUUGGCUGGACUACACCGGGAAAACUAAGAGAUGGUGUUGCCUUAUGCAACCUAAUUAAUAACCUCCAGCCUGGAAGUAUAUCACAAGUAAGCACAUCUAAGAUGGCAUUUAAACAGAGGGAAAAUAUUAUGAGCUUUUUGAAAGUCAUCUACCAAUAUGGUGUACCUAAGCAGGAAAUUUUUAAACCUGUUGAUUUACUUGAAGGAUCUAAUAUGUUACAGGUUAUAUGUACUAUAGAGGCUCUGGGUCAGUUGGCUCAUAAAAAAGGUUACAAAGGACCGGCUUUGAAUGAUAAAAUAUUGUGGAUUAAGCUAUCAUUCCAAUAUGUAAAAACAACCAUGAUGUAUGAUCGAUGGGUCCGAGAGAUCUGGGAACGACCGAUUACUAAGAGUCUAUUUUAAUGGCAGGCCAACUUGUUAGCAAAUAUCUUACUUAUCGGGAGAACUUUUAAAUUUGCUACCGUUAUCUAUAUCAUAAAUUUAGAAUAGCAUCUUAUUCUGAAUAACCUUUACAUUUUGAAAUCAUAAUUUGUUUCGUCUGAAAAUGAUAUUUCAGGGCAUUAUACUUGCUUCAAUAUAUUUG